CAGCAUUGACUAAUGGUCGUGCAAAUGUCCUCCACUCCGAAAGAGACGCUUGGAGUUUAUCAGAAAUUAUUAAAUCCAGUUUUUCUAUUGCGAUCCGUGAUCGCUUAAGCUUUCUGUUAAUUUUGUUGAGAUUUUCUAGUUUGAAGUAAACGAACCACCUACCAAUGUAAGAAAUUAAAAUCAGUCUCACAUUUUGAAAAAAAUCGCCUAAUCCAUGGACGUGAUGGCAAGUCGCGUCGCUUUGGGCUCUGGAUUCAAAAAAGAAAAGGCUCCUAAAAAUAAGAAUAAAAAACUCUGUAAACCUACAGAAUCCGUAAAAUCUCCUUCGCGCGUCACUAAGAAAAAGAAUCUCCAAAUAAAGGAAGAGAAACUUAAGUCUAAGAAAGAAGUUCUCAAAGAAACAUUAAAAAAUGUUGAAAAUGGAGACUCUAGUAAAUUAUACAAAAAGGUUGCAAAGCCACUCAAAAAAGUGGCCAAAAGCAAAAAGACUCUUGAAUCACCCCAGGUGGUAAAGAUGGAAAAAAUAAAAGAGGAAGAAAUUACGAAAGAGAUUAAAAAGGCGAAAAAUACGGAUAAUAAAGUUUCACCAAAGGUGAAAAAGCAGAAAGUUAAAAACACUCAAGUAAUCACACAAAAAGUGAAGAUAGAAAAAGGGUCAGAAGAUCCCAAAAAGAAAAUCGUUAUUAAGAAGGAAGCAAAGAAAAUUUCUAAAGCACCGCUGUCACUCCAGCACGUUAAAAAGAGUGUCGCAGCUAUUCUUAAGUUAGCUGAAGAUGAAGUCAGCAAUGAAGUUCUUCUCGCUGAGGAAAAUUCACCCAUUUUUAUGCAAGUCGUCUCCAUGAAGAUUCCGAAAACACCAACGCGUCAAUUACGAUUAUUGCUUCCACACACAUUGGUGUCUCCUGACGAUGACGUUGCCUUAAUAGUAAAGGAUUUGAAAAGAGGUCGUCGAAGAGAUCACGAACCAUCAGUGGACCACAUUGAGGAAUUGCUCAAGGCUCACAAAUGCACGCAAAUUAAGACCAUAAUACCCAUAAAUCAGCUCAAAAACGAAUACAAUCAGUUUGAGCUGAAAAGAAAUCUCGUGAACAGCUACGACCACUUUUUGGUGGAGGGAAAAAUUUCUGGACACGUAGCCCGCCUGCUUGGAAAGUUCUUCACCAAAAAGCGAAAACUGCCCACUUCCAUUCGAAUUGGCAGCAAGGAUUUAAAGCACGAAAUUGAUUACGCGUUAAGUAAAACUACUAUGAAAUUGGCAUCGAACGGAGAUACGCAUAUAUGCCAAAUUGGAACGACUUCCAUGAAAAAAUCGGAAAUUGUUGAAAAUAUCGAGGCUGCAUGUAAUAGUCUCUCUAUAAAUUUCCCGGGUAAAUGGGAGAACAUUCGAUCUGUGCUGAUUAAAACGCCAAAGAGUCUUGCAAUUCCCAUCUACAUUACAAUGAAAAAUAAAAACAAAGUUGUUGCAUCUGUGGUUCAACCAAAGAGGCCCAAAGCUUAUCGCACUUAUGAAGGGGAACUUACAACUGUAUCUGAAGAUGCUAGUGUCACAGUAACACCGGACGGUGUAGUAACACUAAAAACCGAAAUCGAAUCAGAGACGGAGGAUGAAGACGAGGAUGAGGUUAAGGACGAAGUGAAAGGCGAGGAGGAAGAGAACUAAAUGUACAGAACGAAUAUUCUAUAAUAAAGCAUUGGCUUUAUUUGCCUCGUUGAUCUUUUAAAGGUAAUUUGUUCUAAUUACCUUUAAAAAAAUUGUAAAUAAAUAUUAUGUGUCAUGCAAAAC